ACGCUCUCAACCAAUGUCGUAACAGUUUUUUUUCUUUCUUUCUUAUUUAAAUAAGUAGAGCUCCUCCGGCAAACGCCAUGGUCAUUAGACUUAUCAUGCCCACGCCGUUUGCUGACCAAGCCUGCAGCGCCGCGACAGCGUUGUCGCUCGUUGUCGAGGAUGCAGCUGAGCCGGUACCUGUAGCAGUGCCCGAAGCGGUGCCGCUUGAUGAAGAAUCGGCUUUUGAGUCGUUGCCGACAAGCGCGGAGAGUUUGUCGUCGUCGACGAAUGAGGCCUUCACCGAGGUUGCGUUCUUGCAGUCGCUGGGAGGAUCGGCUUUGCCCUUGACGAAGUUGGCAGCGAUACACUUAUCCUUUUAUUAGCAUUGACUUAUGAAGUUUGGAGCAGGGACGUACCUGGUAGAGAAGACCGUCGACGGCGGAGGACACAACGUUGACCCAGCCCUUCUUGCCAGCGUAUUUCUCGGGGACAGUGACCUGCGGCUGGCAGAAAUCACCAAGACCGCUUUGCUGAACAAUAGGAAAGACUUGCUCCCAAUCUCCAUCAGCCUUCUCAUUGAGGGUCACGCGGAAAAGCCAAUUGCCCUGCUGGUGAGUUGAUCGCAGAGCAAUAGCCUCGCCGCCGACGUGAAAGUCAACGAGCUUGUCCUUGGAGAGGUCAGGUGUGAAGCCGCCGCAGGGAGACUUGUCCUCGUCGUCGUCUUUGAAACCGAUGGAGUCGGGAUACUUGACUUCGAAGUGGGCGAGGGAGAUGCCGCAGAGUAGAGCGGUUGAGAGGAGUGUAGAGGAGCGCAUUUUGAUGUGUUAUGGGGGAGAGUAUUGUGUGUGUGGUUUGAGAGAGCUGGGCUGGGCUGGAGUGGUGGGCGGCUGAGCUGCUUUUGUAGGAGUUGCGGAUAUCGGCAAGGGGAUGAGGGAGAGGCUGAACUAGUGUGAGCUGUGUUUCGCUAAGAAGGUAUGUUAUGGUGUUAAAUAUCAGGCCGUUGUGAGAAAUGACCUUCCAUUGGGAUCAUCCAACUCAAAUACUUUGAUGUAAUAACAUUUUCGACUCAUGUGGUCAGAUAUCAUAUCAACUCAAGUUACACAUAUUUCCAAUUCCACAGCAUGAGCACACAGCAUCUGCAAACUCCCCAUCAUGAAAGCUACGUCAUUGAGGCUCUGUGCUCCCAUGAUGAACCCUUCCCAUCAAUGCAAGCCAUCUCACUAGUCUGAAGCAAUUCACGCCAAUUCCACAUCAAACGCCCAUCUAAAACACCCAAAGCCUCAAAAAAACGCUCAUUCUUCAACGUCGCAGAGAAUUCUAAAGCAGAGUCUAGCAGUGCAAGCCUCCAUCGCCAAAUGCCGUGUUAGUGGUGGAGAGUAAUUAAGAGCACGUUUCGUUCUACCUACCCCAAAAGUCUAGACCUCGCAGGGAAAAACAGGGGUCCUUGACGUGCGGAGGAGCCAAUCAGAACAUGAGCGUGCACGGACCUGAGGUUGUUUGAGCAAGUUUUUCUCUCUUGUUAGUGAGCGAGUUUUUGUCAGACCAUGGACGUUGAAUCACAAUGAGAAGGUUUAAUGAUGGUGAUAAGUAUCGGAUAUUCGGCAUGCACGGAUAGAACGGAUACAUUUUUGGGGGACAUUCGAAAGAGAUGGUAGUUGGGAGUUUGAGUUUUAGUAAUUUUAUGCGCAAUUUGACGGUUGUUCGACGUUUCUACUGCCGGGUGUAGCCUCAAAGUAUCAAGCUCGCAUCGCUUGAUUGCUCAAUCUAAAGAGGUUAGUUGCAGAUACAAGCGAUCUGAUGGGCAUCUCGUCUGGCAAUCGCACUCCGCGGGGUUAACUCUUCUUCACUACCUUAUCCAACAUCAGCACUCGGGCUCUUCAUACCCGGCAACCUGUGACCUUCACAUCUUGUUCGAUACAGUCACCGUAAGCCAAGAAGCGGUUUCAUCAUACCAACUUGCUCAUUCAUUCUCACCUGAGUGUCAACAAGUCACACAAUCGGAGGGAAACUGGACACUUGCAUUCGGACAAAACUUGACUUGUUUGCAGGUAACAUGAGCAACUGAAGCGAAAGACAAUACCAUCAUAGCAGGAUUGUUUAUGAGCCAGAGACACAUUGGCUCUAUCACGACGCUGGCCGUCUGAAUCGUCCCUUCAACUCAAGUCACAUCGAACCCGCGCCAUCGGCGCAUCAUAGCUCAUCAUGGAUAUGGACCACAUGCAUCAUGAUCCCGGCUUGCGGAUGGAAGUCAAUUAUGCCUUUGCCCGUGGAUACUGGUAUACCAUUGCUGGUGUCGUCGGCGCACUCGCUGCUAUUCGUGGCAUCAACUACCUCGACGCUCAGCAAAGACUAAAAGCAUGUCGCGAUCCAUCAAUAGACCAUCCAACACGUCCACGAGGAGCAUUCAGUCAAGCAUGGGCGACAUCAACCGCCGUCGUUCGCGAAAUGGGCCAUCCACAAUAUUACAUCCCCAUCAAGGGCCUUAGAUGGGCGACACCACUUCCACUCGGUCGAAUUAUCGUUCUAGCAUGUUAUUGGGUCGUUAUUGUCUACUUGAUGAGCUGGAAGGUUUCACAGAACGACGUGUACUACUGGGAGCGCAUCGGAUAUCGCAACGCAUGGGUCACUUUGACCCAGUUCCCGCUGCUCUACCUUUUGGCGACAAAGGUCAACGUUAUCGGAUUCCUGAUAGGGAGCAGUCAUGAGAGGCUCAACUGGCUGCAUCGAUGGGUUGCGCGGACCAUGUUUGUCACUGCGACGGUUCAUGGCUUUCACUUCUGGACUAUGUGGGUGCGCGCCGAGUUCCUUGACUAUGCCCUUCAGAUUAUGCCGCUGGUCAAGUAUGGGCUUGCAGCUUGGGCAAUCCUGCUUUGGAACGUUAUUACAGGAAUUGUUCCCAUUCGGAGACUUUCGUAUGAGGUUUGGGUGGCUCAGCAUGUGCUCACCAGUAUCAUUAUGCUGUGGUUGCUCCACAAGCAUAUUCCCUCAAAUGCCCGGUGGCUGCUGUGGAUGAGCGUUUCGUUCCUCGUUUUUGACCGAGCCAUGAGAUGGGCACUUUUACUAUGGCAAAAUGUCCGUCUUCGACCACAAGGAACUGAGUGUCAGGGUAUGAAGCACCUUGGGCAUCGAGCCGUUACCCGCGUUGUUGGACAAGCCACCACUGUCGUUACCAUCAAGGAUGUGCACUUCAAGUGGAAGGCAGGACAGCAUAUUUACCUCUGGGUUCCACGUCUUGGACCCUUCGAAGCGCACCCAUACACAAUCGCAUGUGCGCAUAAGCUCGAAGGCGCAUGUUGCUGCAACAGCAUCCAGCUGGUCGUGCGCGCCCAUAACGGAUUCUCCAAACGACUACACGAAUAUGCGACAAAGAAUUCGGGAUCCGAACUUACAUGCUUCGUAUCAGGGCCAUAUGGCGUUCCCCCGAAAUGGAAUAUUUACGAAACGCUGGUACUAAUUGGAGCGUCAACUGGAGCCAGUUUCGUUAUUCCCAUCCUCGAAAGCAUUGCGGCAGCGCAAAAAUCGAAUUGCACACGAAGAGUCGAAAUUAUCCUCGUUGCGAGAACAUCUCAAGAAAUCCAAUAUUACGUCGAAAGGGCCGAAGAGGCUGGCAGAAUGGUACGAGCCAAAGGCGUCGGUGUAAGCAUCCAUAUCGCCAUAACAAGCUCCAAUCAAACAGGCCCGGUCUUCAGUCGUUCAGAGUCCUCAAACACUAGCGACUCAGACGACAUCCAACCCGUCAAGGGACCGACAACAGGUUGCUGCUGCAGCGCAAACGGUCCAGACGAGAAAGGCUGCCCAAGCGACUCUCCCUGCCGCGGCAAGAUAACCGCCACUGUUCCAGAGCUCAUCCGCGAAUACACGUGCAGACCAGACAUCGAGACCAUGAUUCGCGAGCCGGUGGAGCAGGCUUGGGGAGAAACAGGGGUUGUUGUUUGCGGUGGGCGAGAGAUAGUGGCACGGACGAGGAAUUGCGUGAGUCGUUUGAGCGAUGAGCGAGCUGUGCAUAAGGGAACGGGAGCGCAGGGGAUAUAUCUGCAUGUUGAGGAGUAUUCAUUUUAAUUUAAGGUCGAUAGAUAAUGAUGUUAUGAUUGAUGUUAACAAGGCUGAGUGCAGUGAAGUGAAGUGGUUGAACAGGACAGGGAUUAGUCGGUGGGCGGUUAGAAUGUGGUGGUGGUAUGCUACGGCAACAAGGUCUCGGCCAGGCCAGGGGGAUCAAACAAUGGCCUCCACUGUCGGUUAACAAAUACUGCACUGCACUGCACUGCCUGUGACUUGACAAUGCAUUGACGUAUGAUGAAACAACAUUCUCCUCCU